AUGAAGAAAGUAAUUUUCUUGUGUUUAUUAUCGGUAUCCUUAUGCGUCAGCAAACCUGCUAAUGAAGGUGCCGCACAAGCAUCACCACAAACACUCAAUACUUCAGUGCCUUCUAAAGGGACAGAAUCUUCAACAGUUCCCAUUCCAAUCCCAAUUCCCAAUCUAGGUGCAAAUGGUACUGUUGCCACACAAGCAGCUCCAAACCAAACUAAAGAAGUAACAGAGGCAGCUACUCCAGUUAUUGAGAAAUCUAGCCAACCCAUAGAUAACAAAACUUCUGAAAAGAAAGAAGAAAUAAAAGAAAAUUCAGCUAACCCAACUAAAGCUACACCCCAAGAGAAGCCCCAAGAAAAAUCCAGCACCAGCAAGACUGAAGAAGCUGUAACACCCUCUGUCAUACCUUCAAAGGAAGUGCCAACUAAAGCAACUUCUACUGUGUCGCCAAAUGAUAAUGCUACAGCUCGUCCCAAAGAAGGACAUCCAGGGUUUGAUGGAGCUAGUUUUGUAGGUGGAAUAAUAUUAACCAUGGGUCUUCUGGCCAUUGGGUUUAUGGGUUUCAAGUACUACAAGAACCACACUGAAAGAAACUACCAUACUCUUUAA